UCACGUUUAGGCAGCGCGCGACGCUCUGAACUCACACACGGAAAUUAGUUUUGUCUCGUCACUUCUGGCUUUAUAAGAGAUAAUUAAGCGAUAAACGAGCCUAUAACCAGUAAAUGUGAUGCGAGACGACCAGAUUUUAUGUAGCGUUGUUGUUGUUUACCUCUUAUGAGACGAGCUGCGUCCGAGAGGGCUGAGGGCUAAUAUGGAGGAGUUGUACACCCUGGAAAGGGAGGUGGGCCGGGGCAGCUAUGGCGUUGUCUUUGAGGGACACAUGUCCAGAACGGGACACCGGGUGGCUAUUAAACGGCUCCCCUGCAGCAACCCGGAAAGCGUCGAGCUUUACCUGCAGGAGCUGUGGGCCAUGAGGGCCACCGCUAAGACCCAUGUGAAUGUGAUUGCUCUGCACAGCUGCCUCCUGCAGACUGGACCCGGAACCCUGAAACCCCUGAACCCAGGAAAACUGCCCCUGCGUCUGGUGGAGAGUGUGCUGAAGGGCAGGGUAGGUGGAGCACAACAGGGUCAGGACAGGACUGUUAAGUCAUUCAACCUGAGGAGGACUAAUUCUGCCCCUAGACUUCAGGAUAAGACCAACACCACCCAGGCCAGAGCUAAGGUCCAGGACAAGGCUACAUCAAAUCACUCUUUAACUCCAAAGAGAUCUCCAAACAGAGCCAGGAAGAGGUCAUCCCAGACGACCAGUGAGCAGAAGGAACCUCUGCGGUGCUUAGCCCUGUGGCUUGUGAUGGAGUAUUGUGAUGGAGGUGAUUUGAACCAGUAUCUGCUCUCCAGACCUCCAGACCCUCAGCGUAACCACGACGUUGUUCUCCAGCUCUGUAGCGCUUUGGCCUUCCUGCAUGGUCUGGGUAUCGUCCAUCGAGACCUCAAACCUGACAACGUUCUGGUUUGCGUGACACCCAAAGGUCCUGCCAUCAAGGUGGCGGACUUUGGUCUCAGUAAGAUGAGUGCAUGUGUGGUGAAUGGUGAUCCGACCAGGCAGCACUUCUCCUCCACCUGUGGUUCUGACUUCUACAUGGCCCCGGAGGUCUGGGGCGGUCUCAGCUACACUGCCCAAGCAGACAUCUUCUCCUUGGGGGUGCUCUUCUGGGCCGUCCUGGAGAGGAUCACGUUUAUGGAGGAAGGGUCUAACCAGGAGCAGCUGGGUGCAUACGUGUGCAAGGGUCGCUGGCUGAUGCCACUGGGAGAAGCUCUGUGGGAGAAUGCCGACCUCCAGCUGUGCAUCCCUAUGAAGAGUAGAAGGGUGCCCCCCCCUCCCGGUCCAGGCAUGUGCUCCCUGCUUGUAGACAUGCUGGCCUCGGACCCGGACGCUCGGCCGUCGGCUGACCAGCUGGAGGCCAGAGUGCUCUCCGCUUUGGAAGAGGACUCCUGCUGACUGACUCGAUACCCAAGAUAGCUGGACUUGACUCUGCCACAGACUCGGGGGCAGCAACAUCAGACGCGAUUGUAGAAUUAGAUCAAAUAUUGUGUUUCUGUCAUGGAAACUGAGAAGAGGGAACUUAGCAACCAGCUCAAGUUUCUUCAUUCUUCAUUUGAGCAUGAAUCUGCUGAUGGACCUGCUGGCACUCAGGUGUGAAAGCUCCACUUUCCCCUGUUUAGAUGGUUUUAUGAGCUGUUGCUCGUCCUGCUCUGACCACACAGCUGGUGUUUAUAGUUUUGUCUUUUUGUAGUUUUAAAAGUCUUCCAGAGCUUUUCUCAUUUCCAUUUAGCCCUCUUAAUCUAAAGGACAGACAUCCUUGGAGCAACAUUAAUAUUUAUACCCACUGUGUUUGUUGCAUUUUGCAGAAAUAUUUUUACUUGUGUGAUAAAUCGAUGAAAUAAAAACCCAUUUUAACCUAAAA